AUGAGCCCACCCACGGCCAAGCAAGCCGACCUCUUUUCGGGCGUGAGAGUGUUCUACCGCGAACAGGGCAAUGCCAUCAACGCACCAACCAUACUUCUACUCCACGGAUUUCUCUCUUCAUCGCACCAGUUUCGAAACCUCAUACCGCUCCUCGCAACCGAAUACCGCGUCAUCGCCCCAGACCUACCGGGCGCCGGGUUUACCGAAGCACCCUCCAACUUCGUCUAUUCAUUCGAAAGCCUCACUGCCGCACUCGCGGACUUCCUGGAUGUGCUUCACAUCAAGAAGUUCACAAUGUAUAUUUUCGACUACGGUGCACCAGUAGGUCUACGACUUGCUCUCCAACGACCGGAAGCCAUCCAAGCUAUCAUCACACAAAAUGGAAAUGCAUAUCUGGAAGGGUUCGGGGAUAUCUGGGAGCCAUUGAGGGAAUACUGGACCAGCGACGACUCUCUCGAAGACAGGAAGAAGAUUGAAGAUACGUUGCUCACAUUAGAAGCCAUCAAGUCCCAGUACGAGCAUGGCACCCCGGAUGUGAGCCGAGUUCCACUGGAGUCAUACUACACCGACCAUGCCCUGCUACAGCGUCCCAGGAUGAGAGAAAUCCAGAUCGAUCUUCUGAUGGACUAUCAAAAUAAUCUUGAUCUGUGCGCCGAGUUCCAGGAGUAUUUCCGAAAGUCCCAGGUUCCAUUGUUCGCGAUAUGGGGGAAGAACGAUGCCAUCUUUGGUCCUGCCGGGGCGAAGGCGUUCAAGAGAGAUCUCCCCAAUGCGGAAAUCAGGCUCAUCGAUGCGGGCCAUUUUGCGGUUGAGAGCCAUACGGAACUCAUUGCCGAGGAUAUUCUUACGUUCUUACGCGAGAAGAAUCUGUGGGAGCUUGAUGUGGGCAUGGGCGUAAUGUGA